AUGGCCGAGGAUACGCAUGAGGAGUACGCUAUGAUGGAGGAAGAUGAGGAGAGCGGCGCUGCUGGCUCUUCAAAAAAGAAGAAAAAGGUAUAUAUACCUGGUGUAAGCCGACCGUUGCGUGAAGACGAGGAAUGGGAAUUUGAUCCUGAAGCAUAUCGCAUGUAUCAUAGCUUCGAAACAAAAUGGCCAUGCUUGAGUUUCGACACCAUUGAUGAUGAGCUUGGUGAUGGGCGCAGCGGAUUCCCGCUUAGCUGUGAUCUGGUUGGCGGAACACAGGCCGAAAAAGCGAUGAGCAACGAGCUGAUUGUCAUGCGACUCUCAAACUUACAUCCAAUUGAAGAUGAGGAAGCAUCGGAUAGUGAAGACAUUGAUGAGAGUCCGGACAGCAAAGAGCCGAAAAUGCAUGCUGCAGCACUUAACCAGGGGAAAGUUACACUGUGGAAUCUUACACCUGCUCUACAAGAAAUAAGUGCAAUGGAAGGACGUGAUCGCGUCGUGAAACGUCCCAAAGAACGGCCACUGUUUUCGUUUGUAGGACAUCAAGCCGAAGGAUACGCGCUAUCGUGGUCACCACUAAAACUGGGUCGACUUGCAUCCGGUGAUAUCAGGAAUAAAAUAUAUCUCUGGACAAUGGUUGAAGGGGGCCAGUGGGUUGUGGAUCAACAACCCCUUGCUGGACAUAAGAAAUCCGUGGAAGAUCUUUGCUGGUCACCGACCGAUGAAGCAGUACUCGCAUCCUGCUCAGUUGAUGGCACAGUCAAGCUCUGGGAUACAAGGCAAGGUUUUUUUGCCCAGAAAAAUUUUUUGAAAAAAAAGUCCCAAAAAUUUUGCAGAUCUCCACCAUCGGAUGCGUGUACAUGUACCGUUUCGAAUGCGCAUGAAUCGGAUGUUAAUGUAAUGUCAUGGAAUAAGUUUGAGCCACUAAUUGCAAGUGGUGGUAAUGAUGGCGCCAUAAAAGUUUGGUCACUCAAAACGAUGCAGUACAACGAGCCGGUUGCCCGAUUUCGACAGCACAAAGCACCAAUAACAUCCGUGGAAUGGUCACCGUACGAGACAACAACGAUAAUGGCGUCCGGAGAAGAUGAUCAAGUUACGAUCUGGGAUUUGGCGCUUGAGGCAGAUUCAGCGGACGAAAUUGAUGGUGUACCACCACAGCUGCUCUUUGUUCACAUGGGACAGAGCGAAGUAAAAGAGGUGCACUGGCACAAACAGAUUCCACAUUUUGCGAUCACAACAGCACUCUCCGGAUUCAAUUUAUUCAUCCCGAGCAACUUGUAG